AUAUAACAACUUAGUUUUUUUUGUCUCUUUCUCUCGCUCAUAGCAAAGACUUGGAACUCAAGCUGUUCACAUAUCAUGACUAUCUUCACAAAAGAUCACAUCCAUAGGAUUGUAUUAUGUGUUUUCUUGUCGCUCUUCUUCUUACAAUGCUUGCCUCGCGUAACCUGCCAGCAAGAUUGGGAUUUCACAGACGACAGUACUAAUAAAGAAAAACAUUUCUCUACCGGAACAACGGUUGCAAUAAUCUUACUUGGAAUGUUUGUGACCAUUUUAAUCUCUUGUGGCUCGUUAUAUGCAUUAUUUGCAUACAAUUUUCGUAGAUUGAUCGCAGAGGUAGGCCGUGAAGAUUUGCACAGCGGAGCAACCACUGGUGUCGCGAAAGAAGUAAUCGAGUCAUUUCCAUCUUUUAUCUAUUCAGAUGUUAAAGAAAUAGGUGGAGUGGAAUGUGCAGUUUGUUUACAGGAGUUUGAGGAUGAAGAAAAGCUACGUUGGAUGCCUCCUUGUAGCCAUACUUUCCAUGCUAAUUGCAUUGAUGUAUGGCUCUCUUCUCGGACAACAUGUCCAGUAUACCGCGCAAAUCUGUCUCUGAAACCGGACGAGAGUUUUCCAUAUCUAAGCAUUGAUCUUGAAAGAGGAAAUGUACGAAGAGGUGUUGGAGAAUCCUCCAACGAGAUAAGCUUGACAGAUGGUAGUAAGUCAUGGACUAACCAUGCAAAUUAUAGAACAACUAGAUCAAGAUCUACAGGGUCACUAUCGAGCUUGCACAUGGCUCCUGAUUCAUCGGUUGAACGAGGUAAGAAUCUAAACCGGUUUACUCUACAGCUACCGGAGGAGGUGCAAAGACACUUGGUCUUACCUCGAGCUAUGAGUUCGAGACAGGACUACAGGAGAGAGUGUGAUGGAAGCGAGAUAAGCGGUUUCUCUCAAGGAAAACAAACACUUCGACAUGUCAUGUCUAAGUCUCUCUCUUUCACUUUUCAAGAAGCUUCUGUUCGGUCCACAACUGGUAGGGACGAUCUAGUGCUAGAGACUUCCCAAGUCAAGGACAAAGAUAUAUGUGAACAGUCGUUUCAACGCCUCAUGCCAGAGAAGGUGUAAACAUGUGUGUUGAUGU